AUGCCAGUUCGUUUCAUCCUUCAGAUAGCUCGCAGCUCUUUGCGAAAGCUCAGAAGAUCGACGGAUGAUCGGAAACCAGAAGCCCGCCCGCCAUCCACGGGGUCCGUAGAUAGUGCGUUCACGUUCUUCGCCGAGAAAUCCGAAGAAUCCGAGAAGAAGAAGGAGGUGGACCUCGAGAACUCGGAGACAGAGGCUGAAAUUGAGGCGCGGCUCAGACACCGUCAGUUUUUUGUUUUGGGUUUUAAUGAUCUUCAUAAUCUCCCGCUUGCAGAUUUGAAGGUGGAGGAGCAGUUCAAGAAGGCCCGAAGCGAACAGCCUUACGUCGGAGCAAAUCGGUCCUCAAUCUAUGGUACGAAUAUACAUAUAAUUGGCAACACCUGCCACGUCGGUUCCUUUUCUUUUCGGUCCCCGCGUAAUCCUCCUACGUUAGAAUUGAAGGUGGCAACAACAGGUGUGUCGUGAUUAAAAAUAUCCGAGGUCUCAUGAAGUUAAUCCGCUAAUUGUACCUUUUAGGCUUCACCGCCUCCUCCUCCGAAGACGACGGCGACUCGGCGAUCGACGGCUGCAGCCGAUCCAGCACCAUCACAUCCGUCUGCUCGACUCUCCCGUCCCGCUGUCCGUCAGUCGCUUCUGAGUGUCCGGAGCCUCCUGCUCAGUGGCCGAACGCGGAGGUAUUCGACGGACAUCAGUUCGUGAACAUUCCCGAACGUCGCAACCGUCUGGCUGCUCUGAUGAGCGGCAGAAAGUCUCUCCACUCUCAAAAGUUCAUUCAUUAG